UUGUCACAUAAUAUAGCAUGCAUGAUAUCAUUUGUAAGGCGGUAUUUAAAUUCUGAUUAAGAUCACAACAAUCACUAAAUCAAUAAGACGUGGAAAAGAAACACAGUCUUAAUUUUUUGGACUUUUUUUGAGAUUUUUAGUAUCACGAAAACUUUGUCAAAAAUCAAAAACAACCUAGAGGUAAACACGUGGUUACAAUCACCGUCGACAAUACAACUGGUAGUCACAUUAAAGGCUCUAUACCUUUGAGGGAAUUGUGUAACAAGUCUAAGGCACACCAACUGUCAAGCAGUACAAAACUAUGGAAAUCGCACGAUGAUAUAUAUACAGCAACCCAAGAUAUUCCGAAUGGUCUGAGUCUGGUACGAUAUCUUCCAUCUAGUCCAAAUGACAGUUCGUACCAACAGUUCUUAAAGUCUACGCCUAAUAUACGAAGUUAUCUGAUAGACGAAACAGGGUCCCAGCUUAAGAUUAGUGAGAUGAGCAAGUCGAAAUACACAAGUCCAGCACUAGGUCUGGCAUACAUGAAAAGGGAAGAUGUUGCGUACACGAACCCUGCUUUUAUUGACUCUAAAUCAUCAGUUUCGAAUGAAUUCGAUACAAAGAGCACAGUGGUCCAAGAUAUCAGUUCUAAAACCAACGGUCAUCCACAAACUAUUGGUUUUGAAGAUGAUUCAAAGAAAGAAUUUAACGGUUCAAUAAAGGGGGCCAAUAUUUUAGAAACAAAUGGAAAAUCUACGCCGACAGCUCAAGUAAUGCCCAAUGUCCAUUUCAAGGUUGACAACUCUGAUGAAUAUAUUGACAGUGUCAAAAUAGACAUGAUGGAAGAUGUCGGAAAUCAAUCAAACGGAAGUGCCGAAUUUCCCAGAAAUGCACCGGAUGCAGAAGUACCAUCUAAAAUUAGCCACGACAAGACCAAUAUUAAUAUAGUACCUGGAGAUACUAAUAAUGCAGAUUAUUUUGCUAGCAGAGAUGAAGAGGUUAAAUGGUUGGCAUGGAUGGAAGUACAGUUCAAAAAGAUUGCAGGGGAAGAUGGAGAGAUAAGUUUGGAAGAGUUCAAAAAUGCUUUGGGGGUGAAAAAGUCAUUUUUUGCUGAACGUUUCUUUACCCUGUUCGAUAGUGACAGAAGUGGUUCCAUAGAAUGUGACGAACUAAUGGUUGGUCUCCGUAAACUGACCAAGGGGACGCCGGCAGAAAAACUCAAAUUCCUCUUCGAUGUUUAUGAUGCAAAUGAAAGUGGUACUAUUGAUAUCGAUGAACUGAAGACAGUCUUGAGAUCCUGCAUGGAAGAAAGUUCCCUACAGCUGAGUGAGGAGGAUUUAGACAGUUUGACUGCUUUGUUGUUUGAAUCAGCCGAUGAAGAUGGUAGUGGUGAAAUAUCAUUUGACGAACUGAAAGCUGAACUAGAGAAACAUCCGGGUGUUAUUGAAAAUUUAUCAAUCAGUGCCGCUCAGUGGAUGAAGCCGCCAGUUAAGAAGAAACAAAAGGAUGGUUUUUCGAGAUAUUUUACAAAAAGAUAUAUUCUAAAUAAUUUACGAAAAGUUUUGUUCUUUUUAUGGUAUGUUCUGGCAAACAUUGGAUUUGGAAUUUAUGCUGGUUGGAACUAUCGCACAUCAAAUGGAUUUAUUAUUGCUGCCAGAAUUUGUGGAAUGAAUUUGAAUUUCAACUGUAUGUUUAUACUCGUUCUUAUGCUCCGUAAAUCAUUGACGUAUCUACGCAUGACAAAAAUAGGCAAUUUGCUGCCGAUUGAUCAACAUAUUUUAUUUCAUAAAAUGGUCGGAAUCAUGAUAGCGUUUUACAGCGCUGUUCAUACAAUUGCUCAUUUGGGGAAUGCAAUUUUACUGGAUAGAUCCAGAGACGACCUGAAACUUUGGGAGAUUUUAUUCACUACCAAGGCGGGCUUUGGUUGGGUUUACGACACAGCUAUCCUGACUGGAUGGGGAUUAGAUAUCAUAGUGGUCAUAAUGGUCAUCUGUUCUAUGCCAUUUGUCCGGAGAAGUGGACACUUCCAGGUGUUCUACUGGACACAUAUGUUAUAUGUACCGUUCUGGAUUCUUGUAAUCAUCCAUGGUUCCAACUUCUGGAAAUGGUUUGUAGCUCCUGGGCUCCUAUUUAUCUUGGAAAAGCUUUCAAGAUCAAAAUUUAUAAAGAGAGCUAGAUAUGGAAAUACUUACAUCGAAGAAAUAACAUUAUUACCAUCUGGGGUCACACAUUUAGAAAUUUCAAGACCUGACAAUUUCUCAUACAAGGCAGGGGACUACUUGAAUAUACAAAUUCCUGCCAUUGCUGAACACGAAUGGCAUCCAUUUACAAUAAGUAGUGCACCGGAAAUGGACGGAAGGUUAUGGCUUCAUGUAAGAUCAGCUGGACACUGGACAAAGAAGUUAUACGAGCACUUUGAGAAUUACGACCCCGGAGAAUCCGAGGACAUAGAAGAUGACCAUUGUCCAAUGGAUGACAUUGAAAGACGGCGCAAGUCUGCUGUAGGUUCAAGGAGAAAAUCAACAAUUGAGGUAUUAAAUGCCAUGCAGUUUGUUCGCCAAAGAAGCAAAUCAAUGGGCUUCGUGAAUCACUCCUUCAACACGAAAGAAGUGGAGAAGCAAAACAGAAUAAAAAAGAAAAAUAAGCAUGUGAGAGUUAAGUGUUACCUUGAUGGACCAUAUGGAACAGCUACUAGAGAAAUUUUCCAAACAGAACAUGCAAUAUUAGUUGGGGCAGGAAUAGGAGUAACACCAAUGGCGUCCAUUCUACAAAGUAUAAUGUACAGAUAUAAAGAAUCAAAACGUACCUGUCCUAAGUGUUCACAUUCUUGGUUUGGAUCAAUAGCCCAUACCGCAAUGAAAACGAGGAAGGUUGAUUUUGUGUGGAUAAACAGAGAUCAGAAAUCAUUCGAAUGGUUCGUUAGUCUUCUAACAAACCUAGAAAUCGAACAGUCCCUUGACAACGAAGACGAAGGAGAUAGUAAGAUUAUAGACAUGCACAUGUUCAUGACAGCAGCACAGAAAAAGACAGACAUGAAAGGCAUAGGAUUACAAAUUGCAUUGGAUCUCAUGCAUGAGAAAUCAAACAAAGAUUUAAUAACGGGAUUAAAAACUAAAACACAGCCUGGACGUCCUGACUGGAAUAAAUUGUUCAAAUCAUUUGAAGGAGAGAAGAAAGGAAAGAUAAAGGUUUUCUUUUGCGGUGCACCACAGUUGGGCAAGAUAAUAAAAGAAGCUGCGGAAAGAUUUUCAUUUGCGUUUUCUAAGGAAAACUUUUAACAUCGGAAAAUGUGGAUACAAUGUAAAAUUUUCAGUGAAUCAGAUGUUGUUAAGUAUUCCUAUUGACAAUUAAGAGGUUCGUUAAGAGAACAGGCAUCACAGAUUAGACGUGUAAUAAAGUUUAUCUGUUUUGUCAGUUCAAGGUUGACAGCAGUGUAUACAUACUGUUUAUCGAUAUUUAUAUCAAUCCGGGGGGGGGGGGAAGUCACGUAGACAACUUCCUGGUUGUGUUAAGAGUCGCAAAAACCAAGGUCAUCAUUUAUGAGCCGAGGACUGAAUGUGAAUGUUUUGAAAGUUUGAUAGCUUAUAAUCCAUUUUUUUAUUACAAAAUUAAAGCGAUAAAAAUGCUCUGAAUAUUUGAAGCGUUCACAAUGAUUUUAACAUGUCUCCCUGAAAAUUUGUGUGCACAAUAUAUAGUUUAAACAAGGCCCCAGCUAGCUUCAACUGGUUUGUGACGUCAUGAAAAAGUUGUGUAAUUUCAGAACUUAUCCGGAUCGGAAUAGAUAGCAUUACUAUGGACACUCAUUCUUGUGUACUUUACGUCAUGUUGUUAUUUUGUAAUUUCUUUAAAGUUUCUAUAGUACAGAAAUCUACAAGUUAUCUAAAAAGUUUGAUACAUUUGUAAUAAAUACAAAACCUAUAA